AUGUCUUCCACCUCCAUCCACGCCGACCCUCCACCGCCUGUUGUGACGGAGCCGACGGGCAUCAGUUAUGCUACGGGAGGAGCGCUUGGGAAGGGCGGCUUCGCCAUCUGCCACAAGGCCGAGCGAUACGAUGGCAGUCGGCCGACGGGGCAGAUUGUCGCGUUGAAGAUCGUCAAGACGAGGAUGGAGCCGGCGAAGCUGGCGCAGAAGUUCGUCACGGAGCUGCAAAUACACAGCAAACUCUCCCACCCGAACAUCGUCGGCUUCCACCGCGCCUUCUCCUUCCAUACCAGCACAUACGUCGUUCUCGAGCUCUGUCCGAAUGGAUCACUGGCGGACAUGCUCAAGAAACGGAAACAAGUCACACUGCCCGAGAUCCGAAGACUGGUCAUCCAAGUGUGCGGCGCUGUCAAGUAUCUUCAUCAUCGACACAUUGUACACCGAGACCUGAAGACGGGCAAUCUGUUCCUCGACGAGAGGAUGAAUGUCAAAGUUGGUGAUUUCGGCCUGGCUGCUUUGCUUGUUACAGAACGCGACAUGGAAGUCAGGCGAAGGACUACUAUGUGUGGUACACCGAAUUAUCUGGCUCCGGAGAUCUUGGAAAAGGGUAAGGGACAUGACGAAAAGGUGGAUCUAUGGGCAAUCGGAGUCAUCGCAUAUACACUGGCCGUUGGAAAGGCACCCUUUCAUGCGAGUACGAAGGAAGAGAUUUACAAAAAGCUAAAGUCCGGGACAUACACUUGGCCCGAAUUGAGCGCGACGACAAAUCAGAGUGCAGAUCUACGCGACUUGGUGUCGAGUAUAUUAGUGGAAGAGCAGCAGAGGCCGACCCCGGAUGCCAUCGUCAGCCACAAGUUUUUCAAGAUUGCAUAUGUGCCGCCAGAGAUUCCAGUUUCCGCCAGGACGGAAGCACCGAGAUGGGACGUUUCGAUACCAUCGACAGAGACCAUGCGACGCGGGUACAGCGAAACAUGGUUUACUCUGUGUAAAGAGUCGGGCGUGGGAGAGUAUGAAGAUGGCAAGUGUUUCCCUCUGAACGGUGGGCAUAAGAUAAGGAGCAUUGUCCACGAUAUGGAAAAAGAGACUCAGCUUGGGCGCCAACCGAUGAUGCCGAUUCCAAAGGACGUGGUCUACACUUCGAUGAUCUCGGAUUUCGAACGAUCCAGCCCCGAUAUUUCCACGGCGUCGGUCGAGCCUCAGCGCAAAUACACAACAACUCGACAUGUGCGGGAGAUCUCUCACAACGAAGUUGCAAUUUCGCGACCUCCUCGCGUUACGGACCCUACGAAGGCUGCGCGAGAUGCGGAGCUAAUGCCACCACCACGCGCUCCGUCACGCGCUGCCCGAGGGACAGCAUCUGGUUCGGUAAGGCGAGCUGCUAGGACGAUAAGUGAGGAGACCGCAGCCAGAUCCGCUGAGUCAGUAAAGGUUGCAUCCGAUUCAGCCUCUUCCGGCCCUUCAUCAGCCGCGACGGUACGAGUUGUCAAGCCCAGACCAGCGGCUGUGCCAUCAUCGAGUGCACCAGCGACGGUAACGAUAGGAUCGGCAUUGAGGGAAACAAAGAACUCUGCAUCCAGCACGACCGCCUCAUACCAGACUGCUCAGCCAGAGCAGAGCUCCGAUCCGCUGGAGAAGCCACAGAGAGCCGGCACCACCAAGAGGAGCGCGGACGCCAGCCUUGCAAGGCGACCACGGGCACCGAGAACCACUCAGGAUCGACCAGCGGAGCAACAAGUUCCCGCACAGCCAACUGCAGCUCGCAUUGCAAGGAAGCGUAUUGUAUCGCAGCCUGUCGAAGAAGGACCGCUUGCAACGCUGGACGAGCUGAGAAAGGUCGAGCCAUUCAAGCCGAGCAGGAAGGCACCAGCACCAGAAGUAAUCGAGAUACUUUCGGACCCAGAGUCCGACGACAGAGAUGAGCUUAAGAGGCCCACCGAAUCGAUCACGGCGACGCUGAAACUGUCCCGGCCACCAAAGAUGACGGCGCGGCUGCCACAGCCACAGAAGAAGCUUAAUGUGGAGAUUGAACCUGCAGUACCAGGAACAGACCCGACCACGGUAUUGAACAAGCUUGCGACUCUCAGAGACAAUUUGGCCGAAGCUCUUACACGAUCCGCGACCGCAAGGACCACAUCCAGCUUGAGGAGAGAUAGCAAUGAUCCUGCUGCCGGUCUGCCUUUUGUGUCGCGAUGGGUCGAUUACAGCCGAAAACAUGGUGUAGGAUAUGUGCUGUCCGACGGCACUGUUGGGUGCAUUAUCAAUGCUACUGCCAGAGCUGGCCAAGCGCCUACGCCAGUCACGCACGUUCUUGUGCGCAAUGGACAAAGGUGGCUGAAGAAAGUACACAACAACAAGGAAUUCACCGGCAUCGAUCAGGUUCCACUCGAAAUAUUCGAAGAUCGUGACGUGGAAGGCAUCAAGCGUAAGGUGUACAAAGGCCUUGGUAGCGUCAAGGAAGGUCCUCUUCUUGUUGAAGCUGAGAGGCGGCGAACACUCAGUGUGCUUUGGGUCAAGUUUGGCCGAUAUAUGUGCCAGUCUUUGGAUGGGUCAGAAGACACCGGUAACAACGGCCAUGACCAGGAGAACUUUGUGCGAUUCUAUCAGCGAAUCGGCAAUGUUGGCGUCUGGGCCUUUACAGACGGAUGUCUCCAGGUUCACUUCCCAGAUCACACCAAGAUCGUCCUAUCCGCAUCUGGACAAGUCGUCUCAGCGACGGUCUUGACUCCCGAAGCUACCUCUCACCUCUCGCACAACGGCGAGCUACUACCUCAACAUGUCACGAAUCGCGAAAUCCUCGCCGACAGCGUGCAAGCCUUGCUCUUCGAAGGUGGCCGUGUCCGACAACGAAUUGUCAAGGCCAACCAGCUAUCCGCCAAGCUCAACUUCAUCCAAGAAGUCGUAUCGCAAUGGAUCGACAACAAUGGCCUCGGCCGUUUGGACGAAGAUCAAGGUGGCGCUAAGCUCGCGUGGGAGGGCUUGACCGUGAAAGAGAACAAGACGAAAGUUGACCGAGUGACGGUUGGCAGAUAUGGCGGCGACGAUGUCCGACCAACUGUCGAGACCGUAAGAGUAUAAAAAUAUUUUAUCUUUCUUGAUGAUGAAUGACGGCCGGAAUUUUGUGUUUGCAUGGAAGGCGCAGUUUGGUUUACUCCUUGACUGAUGAAGAAUUGUACAGGCGUUGGUCAGGCCCGAUGAGCGAGCAUUACGAGGGGCCCUUUUGGAUGUUCUUUUCAUGAAAGACGCAUUGUGGAGCGUUCGAGCGUUUGGAUACGUCCGUACUGUAUUCAGCGAAGCAAAGUAUCUUUUUCUCA